AAUAUAAGACCACUGCCAACUCUUACGACGUAAUAAUUACUUAAUCUUUUUUCUUUUUUCCCUUUCUUAUAUUAAAGUAAUAAAAUAAAACUAUAAAUUUUCUUGUACUUUUAUUAAUUUUAUGAUUUAAAUCUUAAUAUGUAUUUCAAUUUAAUAAAAAACUUCAAAGUAUCUGUUGUAAAUUUAUCUAUGCAUAAUCGAUAUUUAAAUAACAAUGUUACGUGCAUAACCAAAAUACAUAGAGAAAUAUACGCGAGAAUGUAUCCAACUCGAAUAGUACAACCUGAUGGUGCUUCGAUUAACAUUAGAUAUCAUGAACCACGGAAGAUUAUUAAGUUGCCGCUAAAUUUGUCAUUAUUGUCUGAGGAAGAAAGGAGGAUUAGACUAGAAAGAAGGAAACCAAAGAAAAAAGUCAAAAUCAUUGAUGAUGUUGAAGAUAAUUUUAAUGCUAAAAAAUAUUUGAAAUUUAUGAAAAAGGGAAAAAAAUAAUAUUUUUUUUUUUUAAAUUGAUUGCUUGGAUUAGUUAUUAGAAAAUUUUUAAUAAUAGAUUAAGAUAAUAUAUUUAUGAUUGAUGACUGUA